CACUUCCGGAAUCCAGGAGAUACCGGAAAGACGCUCGCACGCUUCCGGUGCCGCUGUUGUCAUUUCUUAGGGUCCUGGUGGCGCUGGGGGCCGGUGAGCCGUCACGCCUGCAGGUCGUGCCGGGAAGGGAGGUGCAGCCAGCACACGGCCGCGUCGCCGGCGGGUGCCGGGGUGCCUGUCCGAGGCGAGUCGCCUCGACCUCGUUCCGUGAGGUCGGCUCGGGUUGGAGCCUGUGCGUCAGUGCUGCACAGGGCAGACCCGCCAGGUACACAUGUGCACGUCUGGAAGCCAGUCCUGCCUUCUGAGUCUCCCCAGGAAAUGGAGCCCACAUCUGUGUAAACUGCAGAGUUGUGGUACGAGAAAUGGUCCAGCAGAGGUGACACUUCUGCACUUCUUUCUUGACUCUGAAAAACAGCUCCUGCAAUUUGAAUCAGAGACUCGUUUUCAGUGUGCCUGCUGUAGCUGGAACUAGCUUCUUUUGGGGAUCACAAUGACCAUGGAAGGCAGGGGAACAUUAGGUCUUAUCCCCAGGACAGCUGGGUAUCAGAAGCAGGAGGGGAGCUUGACUGUGAAGCAGGAACCAGGAAGCCAGACCUGGGGACAGAGCUGCAGCUUCCAGAAGAACUACCCUCCUGUCUGUGAAAUCUUCCGGCUACACUUCAGGCAGUUAUGUUACCACGAGAUGUCUGGGCCUCAAGAGGCACUGAGCCGGCUCAGGGAGCUCUGCCACUGGUGGCUGAUGCCAGAGAUCCACAGCAAGGAACAGAUCCUGGAGCUGCUGGUGCUGGAGCAGUUCCUAAGCAUCCUGCCCAGGGAGAUCCAGAUGUGGGUACAGCUCCGUCACCCUGAAACUGGCGAGGAGGCUGUGGCUGUGGUGGAGGAUUUCCAGAGACACCUUAGUGGGUCAGGGGAGGUUUUACAUCCAGGACAAGAACAGGAUAUGCGUUUAAAGAAGAUGAUAUCUCUGGAUGCAAUAGAACAAUCGCCUUCCUCAACCUCCAGUCAGGGCUCAGCCCCUGAACCCCACUGGGAUCCUCCUUAUGACCCUCAUGGACACUUCGCAACAUGUAAGAACAGGAUGGAAAGUUCUACAUACACUCCAAAGCAUGGCAUUUCUAAAGGGUCAGGUUCAUUGGACCCAUCCCAAGGGGGACUCUUUGGAGUAGCCUUGGCAGAGUCUGGAGGUGGCUGUGAGGACCCUUCAGCACGGAUGGAAGAGCAGCCCUCAGACAAAGAAGGGAGUGAACUAGAAAGUGGUUUCUUAGAAAAGAAAGAUAAGAAAAAUUCCACAAAAGACAGAAAUGAGGAAUGUAACGAUGUAGAGGAACAUCCAGAUCUUUCCUCUAGGUCUGUUGAGCAUCAGCUAGAAGCAAAGAGACAAAAGUUCUAUAAAUGUGAUGAAUGUGACAGAGUUUUCAACCAGAGCUCACUCCUCCUUGGACACCAGAGAAUCCACACUGGAGAGAAACCCCAUGAAUGCAAUGAGUGUGGGAAGACCUUCCGACAGACACCUCAGCUAAUUGUUCAGCUCAGAACACACGUAGAGGAAAAACCUUUUUUUGAAUGUAGUGAGUGUGGGAAGACUUAUCAUCACAGUUCCCAUCUUAUUCAACACCAGAGACUCCAUGAUGGGGAGAAACUUUAUAAAUGUAAUGAAUGUGCAAAAGCUUCCACUCAGAAUUCCCAGCUCAUUGACCACAAGAGAACCCAAACUGGGGUCAAACCUUAUGAGUGCAAUGAGUGUGGGGAGGCAUUCAUUCAGAGUAAAAGUCUCAUCCAACAUCAGGUCCUUCACACUGGUAAGAAGCCCUAUGAGUGUAAUGAGUGUGGGAAAACAUUCUGUUCCAACAGAAACCUUAUUGACCACCAGAGAAUCCACACUGGAGAGAAGCCUUAUGAAUGUAUUGAGUGUGGCAAGGCCUUUAGUCGAAAUAAAUGUCUUAUUCGACACCGGAGUCUCCACACUGGGGAAAAACCAUACAAAUGUAGUGAAUGUGGGAAAGCCUUCAAUCAGAACUCUCAGCUCAUUGACCAUGAACGAAUUCAUACUGGAGAAAAGCCUUUUGAAUGUAGUGAGUGUGGCAAGAAAUUCAGUUUAAGUAAAUGCCUUAUUCGGCACCAGAGACUUCACACUGGAGAAAAGCCCUAUAAAUGCAUCAAGUGUGGAAAAUCUUUUAAUCAAAACUCUCACCUCAUUAUACAUCAGAGAAUUCAUACUGGUGAGAAACCUUAUGAGUGUAAUGAGUGUGGGAAGGUCUUCAGUUACAGUUCUAGCCUUAUGGUUCAUCAAAGAACCCAUACUGGUGAAAAGCCCUAUACAUGUAAAGACUGCAUGAAAGCCUUUAGUGACAGUUCACAGCUUAUUGUGCACCAGAGAGUUCACACUGGUGAGAAGCCUUAUGAAUGUAUCGAAUGUGGGAAAGCCUUUAGUCAGCGUUCCACUUUUAAUCACCAUCAGCGAACUCACAAUGUGGAGAAGAAGCCCUCAAGUCUGCUUCAGACAACAUCUUAAGGCAUGGUUCCCUGAGAUAGAGAACAAAGAAUUUUGAGUUAGUAUUGUUUAUAAAAAUAUUUAUCAGAUUCUU